GAAGACGCGCCUGCAGAGGGCGGGGCCACGGCGUGCCUGUCCUGGGCCCCCAUUGCGCCUGCGCAGCGUGGAGACCAUGUCGGGGCCUGUGCCAGGCGCCAUCAUGGACGAGGACUAUUUCGGAAGCGCGGCCGAAUGGGGCGACGAGGCGGACGGCGGCCAGCAGCAGGAGGAUGACUAUGGAGAAGGUGAAGAUGACGCAGAGGUACAGCAAGAAUGCCUACAUAAAUUUUCCACCCGAGAUUAUAUAAUGGAACCCUCCAUCUUUAACACUCUGAAGAGGUAUUUUCAGGCUGGAGGGUCUCCAGAGAAUGUUAUCCAGCUCUUAUCGGAGAACUACACAGCUGUGGCCCAGACUGUGAAUCUGCUGGCUGAGUGGCUCAUUCAGACAGGUGUGGAACCAGUGCAGGUUCAGGAAACUGUGGAAAAUCACUUGAAGAGCUUGUUGAUCAAGCAUUUUGACCCCCGCAAAGCAGAUUCUAUUUUUACUGAAGAAGGAGAGACCCCAGCUUGGCUUGAACAAAUGAUUGCACAUACCACAUGGAGAGAUCUUUUCUAUAAAUUGGCAGAAGCCCAUCCAGAUUGUUUGAUGCUUAACUUCACUGUCAAGCUGAUUUCUGAUGCAGGAUACCAAGGGGAGAUAACCAGUGUAUCCACAGCCUGCCAGCAGUUAGAAGUGUUUUCUAGAGUACUUCGUACUUCUCUGGCUACAAUUUUGGAUGGAGGAGAAGAAAACCUUGAAAAAAAUCUCCCUGAGUUUGCUAAAAUGGUGUGCCAUGGGGAACACACGUACCUGUUUGCUCAGGCCAUGAUGUCUGUGCUGGCCCAGGAAGAACAGGGGGGCUCUGCAGUACGCAGAAUUGCUCAGGAAGUUCAACGCUUCGCCCAGGAGAAAGGGCAUGAUGCUAGUCAGAUCACACUAGCAUUAGGUACAGCUGCCUCCUACCCCAGGGCUUGUCAGGCCCUUGGUGCUAUGUUGUCCAAAGGAGCCUUGAAUCCUGCUGAUAUCACUGUCCUAUUCAAGAUGUUCACAAGCAUGGACCCACCUCCUGUUGAACUCAUCCGGGUGCCCGCCUUCCUGGAUCUGUUUAUGCAGUCACUGUUUAAACCAGGCGCCAGGAUCAACCAGGACCACAAACACAAAUACAUUCAUAUCUUGGCUUAUGCGGCAAGUGUGGUUGAGACCUGGAAGAAGAAUAAGCGAGUGAGUAUCAAUAAAGAUGAGCUGAAGUCUACAUCAAAAGCUGUUGAAACUGUUCACAAUCUGUGUUGCAAUGAGAACAAAGGUGCCUCUGAACUAGUUGCAGAAUUGAGUACACUGUACCAAUGUAUUAGGUUUCCAGUGGUAGCAAUGGGGGUGCUGAAGUGGGUGGAUUGGACUGUCUCAGAACCACGAUACUUCCAGCUGCAGACUGACCACACCCCAGUGCACCUGGCAUUACUGGAUGAGAUCAGCACCUGCCACCAGCUCCUGCAUCCCCAGGUCUUGCAGUUGCUUGUUAAGCUUUUUGAGACGGAACACUCCCAGCUGGAUGUAAUGGAACAGCUUGAGUUGAAAAAGACCCUCUUGGACAGGAUGGUUCACCUGCUGAGUCGAGGUUACGUACUUCCUGUUGUCAGUUACAUCCGAAAGUGUCUGGAGAAGCUGGACACUGACAUUUCACUCAUUCGCUAUUUUGUAACUGAGGUACUAGAUGUUAUUGCUCCUCCAUAUACCUCAGACUUUGUGCAGCUUUUCCUCCCCAUCUUGGAGAAUGACAGCAUUGCAGGCACUAUCAAAACAGAAGGUGAACAUGACCCUGUGACAGAAUUCAUAGCUCACUGCAAGUCUAAUUUCAUCCUGGUGAACUAAUUCAGAACAUCCUUCAGAGUGAAACAACAUUCCAGGAGGCCCUUUUCAGAAGCAGCUACUCGAAGAGGUUUACCAUCUUGGAAAUGGGCUCUGUAAGGAAUAGGUUGAUAGGGCUUGUUUUUUUUAAAAAAGGAAAAUGUUAGCAAUGUCGAUGAAAAACUGCUACUAUAAACAGUCUAAUUCAGGACUGCCCCUAGAUCCUGUUGACAGUAUUCAUUUUCCCCAGUGUAGGAACUAGCUUCACAUGACCUAGUUGUAUGGACCCAACUGUCUGUCCCAGGCGUGGUGAAAAUUCAUAAGCUAGACACUAAUAGUCCAUCUAUUACAGAGUUUACUUGGAGUUUCCUCAUAAGAAACUACUAUUAAAAAAAAAAAAAAGAAAAGAAACUACUAUAAUUAACUUUCCAAGAAUAAAUUUUGUAAAACUUUCUGCUGAGUUAGGAGGUUUAGAUUCUGAUGUUACAGUGUUCCCUCUGUGUAAAUAAAAUAGGCUGAGAAUCAGUUCUUA